AUGUUCCAGCCGUCUGCGAAACGCUGCUUCACCAUCGAGUCCCUGGUGGGCAAAGACACCCACCUCAGCCCCGAGGACCCCCCGCGGCCCCCCACCCUCGGAUACCCCGGCCCCGCCGCCGACGCCGCUGCCUUCGCUCCCGGCUUCCAAGGAGCCGCCGCCGCCGGUCGAGCCCUUUACGGGAGCGCCGAGCUCGUCUUCCCCGAGGCCGUGGGGCACCCGGCGCUGCCCGUCGGGCCCCAUCAGCUUGGAGGCUCGGGGUUACCUCACCCCCAUUCUUUUUUCGGGCCGCAACACCGCGACCCGCUCAACUUCUACCCCUGGGUGCUGCGGAACCGCUUCUUCGGGCAUCGCUUCCAAGGGAGCGAGGUGUCCCAGGAGAGCCUGCUCCUCCACGGCCCCUUCGCCCGCAAGCCCAAGCGCAUCCGCACGGCCUUCUCGCCCUCCCAGCUCCUGCGCCUGGAACGGGCCUUCGAGAAGAACCACUACGUGGUGGGCGCCGAGCGCAAGCAGCUGGCCAGCAGCCUCAGCCUCUCCGAGACCCAGGUGAAAGUCUGGUUCCAGAACAGGAGGACGAAAUACAAACGGCAGAAGCUGGAGGAGGAAGGACCCGACUCGGACCAGAAGAAGAAAGGUUCCCACCACAUCAACCGAUGGCGCCUCGCCACCAAGCAGUCGAGCGGGGAGGACAUCGAUGUCACCUCCAACGACUAA